AUUAGAUAAAUGUUCUAAGAUUCUUUAUUUGCUGAAUCGUUUUGGAAUGCAGUUAAAGAUAAAUGGUAAAUGAAUUUGGAUGAUGAAGAAGUAAAUAAUUAACAUAAAUUUGAAGGAAUAAACAUUUGAGUUAUACUAUGAAAAGAGGUUAUAGAGAUUUAGAGUGAUAUCAGGUCAAUUGAUAGCCAAUAGUUAAUAUAUAAAUUUAGUGGAAACUUAUGUUAAUUUAGAUGAGAGAGGAGUAACUCUUUAAAAUAAAUUUGGUUAAAUAAAUGUCAAUGGGCCUAAUUUAUAGUAGUUUUACUCUGUGAUAAAUAAAAAAUGUAUGCAUUUGGAUAUAGAAAUGUAUUAUGAUAUAGAAAAAGUGUUGUUCUAAUUAGAGAAAUUCUAAGUAAAAUUUGUUGUAAUUUAAUAGGUGUUGUAGGCAAGGGAUAAAAUGAGUGGGAUGUUAAAAUCUCUAAAGAAGUAUUCGAAAUUAGAAGGAAAGGAUUAUUUAAAAUGGAUAAUAAGAAAUUAAAAACAUGAAUAUCUAUAUGAAGAUGAACAACAUCUUUAUAUUGUCAUUUCAUAUUUGAAUGGAAAGUAGAUUCAUGAGUUGUCUUUCGAAUAAUAGUUUUUUGGUUUAUUAAAAAUGUUUUACAAAUAUCAUAAUGAAGGGUUCAUUCUAAAUCACUUUUUAGUAAAAUUCGUUUUAAUUUUUAAAUAGGUUUCUAACAUAAUUUUGUUGGAUGACAAUUGCAAUAUGGAAAUAUUAGAUGAUUGCAUGAUUGAAAGAAUGACCUAUGAGUAUUCUAAGGAAAUAUAUUAAGAUGUUCAAUUAAUAAAGAAUUACUUAAUUACAAAGUAUAUUAAAAUAAAACUUCUAGAUUUCCUCAAGAAAAGGAUAUUGUAUAAGACAUGAUAAAUAAUAAUGUAUAAUCAGUCUAAGAACUCUUGUUUAAUUAAAUUUUCAUUAAUUACUUUGGAGAGAGUGAAUUUUAUAGAUUACUUAACUCACAACCAUAUUAAAGAUAAAAUUAUUUAUCUUAAAAUUCUAAAUUAAAUUUAUUAGAAACUUUCAAUACAAUUAGAUCAAGUAUUAUGGAUUCAUCUGAUGAAUAGGAAGAUGUUCUAUCAAUUAAAAAAUUUAAUUUUUCUUCCUAACAAUUUGAUGAUUCACCAAUGUUAUCUCCUAGUAUAAAACCUAAACAUUAAUCAAGAUUAUCAAGUAGAUAAGUUGUUUUAGAAACACUUCUGUAAGAAAACAUAAUAACACAAUAACAAUUUUAGUAAUUCUUUAAAGAAGAAGAUUUUUAAAAUGAACAGGAAAUAAAUGAAUUCAGUUAAAUGCUGACUAAAGAGAUUGAAAAUUCAUCUCUAACUACUCCAAUUCAAAGUGAUGUAAUACAACUUAUUAUUAUAAUAGUCUAAUACUACUUGUCCUAAUACAGUUAUUAUUCAUAGUAAGAAAAAUGCUGUAAAUCGCAUUUGCGAUAUUCUACAUGAAGCUUAGUAAGAAUUAAUUUAAGCAGCUAAAAAACCAUAUAACGUGAAUAAAGUGUAGAAUGUUAGAAAAAAUCUAUUUAAUUUACAUUGAUAUUUGAAUUACC